AUGACAGGCGCCACGCAGAAAAGGGAGCAUGCUGGCCAUUCCCACCAUCACCAUCACCACGACAACACGUUCCUGCUGUCCAAGAACAAGAAUGACGCCGGCGUGCGCAUCACCAAGAUUGGCCUCUACGUCAACUUGGGCAUGGCUGUCAGCAAGGGCUUUGGAGGCUACGUCUUCAACAGCCAGGCGCUCAUCGCCGAUGCCAUCCACAGUCUCACCGACCUCGUGAGCGACAUCAUGACGCUCGCAACCGUCGGCUGGUCCCUCAAGCCGCCCACCGACCGCUUCCCCAGCGGAUACGGAAAGGUUGAGAGUCUGGGCUCGCUCGGUGUCAGCGGCAUCCUGCUUGCAGGAGGCUUCUUCAUGGGCUGGACCGCUCUACUUGCCCUCUGCAAGCAAUUCUUCCCCGAAGCCGCCGAGAUAGCUGAGCACUGGGGGCUUAUACCGCAUCACCACCAUCACGGCAUCGAAGACAUGGGCCCCAACAUCAAUGCUAUCUGGCUCGCUGCUGGCUCAAUCGUCAUCAAGGAGUGGCUGUACCGAGCGACUCUCAAGAUCGCCAAAGAACGCAAGUCUACCGUCCUCGCUUCAAACGCCUACCACCACCGCGUAGACUCCCUCACCGCUUUUGUCGCCCUCCUCCUAAUCGCCGGUUCCAAUGUUCUCAACAACGCAAAAUGGCUGGACCCUGUUGGUGGAUUGGUUAUCUCGCUCAUGGUCGUCCAAGCUGGCUGGGGAAACACCAAGCAGGCGCUCUUAGAACUAGCAGACGUCGGCGUAGACCAGGAGAUGAAGGAUAAUGUUCGGAAGGCCGCGAUGAGCGCUGUCGAGGGCAUCACUACCACAUCGGAGCCGGUGAACGUGCGGGCAAUUCAGGGUGUAAAGGCUGGGCAGAACUAUCUUAUGGAUGUUGAGAUUGGCGUAUCAGGUGCGUGGACCGUUGAGCAGACACGCCACGUCGAGAACCUCAUCCGGGAGCGCAUCGGUGCCAAUGUACGCGGAGUGAAGAAGGUGCGCGUGCGCUUUGUAGCCAACUCGGCGGAGGCACCAGACUUUCUCGACGAGUUCAUCCCUGGCGACCCUACUGCGACACCGAACCCAGCAUCGGAAGGACAACAUGAUCACGACCACGACCACAAUCACGAUCAUAAACACGAGACCACCGAUACCGACGCAAGGCGAAGGAAUUGCCAUCGGCGUUUGGCCGACAUGUUACUCCAGAAAAUCAUAGCUGUACUCACGAUGUCUCGGCACGAAUUUAUCCGUUGUCCAAUCAUUUCGCGCAAAAGAACUGGCGCUGCUGCAGGCACCGCCGGCAAAAUUGCCUGUGAUGUAGCUUGUCCGUCAAUGUGGGUCUUGCGUCAGUGUAUCAUCGUUGGUUCCGACCUUAAACUUAUCCACGAGGCCAAAGUCGACUUUGACGCCGAUCUCUCCAAAUAUGGGAUUGAGAAGGGCGUCCUCACAAACCCCGAUGAAGGCGAGGUCUUCGCGCCCGUCGCCCUGUGGCUCGAGGCCAUCGACCUUGUUCUGCAGCGAUUGAAGGAACAAGGUGCGGAUUUCUCCAAGGUACAGGGUAUCUCGGGUGCGGGCAUGCAGCACGGCACUGUGUUCUGGAGCAAAGAUGCAGAGACGCUACUUGGCAGUCUAGAUGCCGGCAAGACACUGCUCGAGCAGCUGGAAAGUGGUGCCAAGGGUGAGAGGAAGGGUGCUUUCAGUCACCCUUUCAGCCCGAACUGGCAAGACGCAAGUACACAGAAGCAAUGCGAUGCUUUCGAUGCGACACUACAAGAGCCCAGGAAUCUGGCCCUGGCUACUGGAAGCAGUGCUCACCACCGCUUCAGUGGCCCCCAGAUCCUUCGAUUCCACGACAAAUAUCCCGAAGCCUACAAAGCGACCGCCCGUAUCUCUCUCGUAUCCUCCUUCCUCGCUUCGAUCUUCCUCGGCAAGGUAGCCCCCAUCGAUAUCUCAGACGUGACUGGAGCAAACCUGUGGGACAUCAAGAACGGUCGCUGGCAUGAGGAUCUUCUGGCACUUGCAGCUGGAGGAAGCGAAGGCGUCGAAGAUCUCAGGAAGAAGCUGGGCAAUGUGCCCGAAGACGGUGGUUCAAGCUUCGGUACCGUCUCGCCAUACUUCAGCAAGCGCUACGGUUUCCCGUCGUCCGCUCAGGUCAUCGCCUUUACUGGCGACAACCCAUCGACUAUUCUCGCCCUCCCUCUCCGCGCAUCAGAUGCCAUCGUCUCGCUCGGAACCUCAACAACAUUCCUCAUGUCCACACCCCAGUACAGGCCCGACCCAGCCUACCACUUCAUGAACCACCCCACCACAGCGGGCCUCUACAUGUUCAUGCUCUGCUACAAGAACGGCGGUCUAGCUCGCGAGCACAUCCGCGACGCCAUCAACAAAGCCUCUGGCACAUCGUCGGACAAAUCCUGGGACAAGUUCAACGAAACAGCCCUCACGACUCCCGCGCUCGGCCAAGCUCAACCCUCCGACCCCAUGCGUCUAGGCCUCUUCUUCCCUCGCCCAGAAAUUGUACCAAACGUCAAAGCAGGAACAUGGCGCUUUCUCUCCAAAGACAACCAGCUCUCGCCCAUUGCACCGGAAGCCGCCCAGGCCAAGACAGAAGACAAGUCCUGGCCCGUUCCCCAAGCCGACGCCCGCGCGAUCCUCGAAUCGCAGUUCCUGUCACUCAGACUGCGAUCGCAAUCCCUUGUUUCGCCUCAGGGCUCUUUGCCCGCUCAGCCCCGCAGAAUCUACAUGGUUGGUGGCGGUGCUGUGAACCCCGCCAUUGCCGAGCUUGCGGGUCAAGUACUCGGUGGCUCCGAUGGCGUGUACAAGCUGGAAAUUGGAGGUAAUGCUUGCGCUCUUGGUGCGGCGUAUAAAGCGGCUUGGGGUGUGCAGCGCUCGUCUCCUCAGGAGAAGUUUGAAGAUUUCCUCGAGGCGAGGUGGAAUGAAGAAGGGUUUGUCAAGAAGAUUUGUGAGGGGUAUAGGAAGGGUGUUUUUGAACAGUAUGGGGAUGCGCUCAAGGCUUUUGAUGAGGUGGAGAAGGUGGCGCUUAGGGAGAAGGGCGAGGAAGAGGGAUAUGAAGUAUGGAUCACACGGAACUCUGAUCCUACUGUCAUCUGGAUCUGGGAUGAGCAGCCUGGUUGCGAGUUCUGUAAACGAGAUUUCGGCCUGGCUUGA